AUGUCUGAAGACAUCCCUUCUCCUCCUAAACGUGGAUUCAGUGACUCUGCAGCUGCAACUGAAAUUGCACACUGGAUCGAAGCCAUUAUAGGUGACAAAGUUCCUACAUCUUCUUCAGAAGCUCUCAUCAAUGCACUCAAAGAUGGGACUGUACUAUGUCGCUUAGCCAAUACAGUGGAACCUGGUGCAGUGCCUCGUUUUAAAACAUCCUCAAUGCCCUUUGUUCAAAUGGAAAAUAUUGCUGCAUUUUUGCGUGCUGCAUCCCACUUGGGUGUGCCAGAUGAUGAACUCUUUGAAACAGUGGACCUUUUCGAAGCUCGUGACCCAGUCCAAGUUUUUACAACUAUUCGAUCUUAUUCAAGAUGUGCAAAUAAACGUCAUCCUAAUAUACCCGUACUUGGACCUCAGCUCGCAGUUAAAAAUACAACUCCACGUGUUUUCAAACCAGUUGAUAUUCCAGCAUGGAAUACACAUCAGUAUGGAUUCAUGAAUGGUGCAAACCAAAGCACUGAAGGUGUUGUUGUUGGCCGCCGUAGAGAUAUCACUCUUCCAGAAACAAUAACCAAGCCUAAACCACCACCACGUCCUCACAACAUUCUUGUUCCAAGUAGACCCCCCAAACCUGCCAGUCUUAACAGCAUAAAAAAGAAAGAACACAGAACCAAUGUCUUUGGUGAUGAGGAUGAGGAUGAGGAUGAAAAAAAAAAAAAUAGUGAUGAAAGCACAAAUAAAGUUCCAUCGGGUAAGCUCAAGUCCAGAAUUGGUACAGUGAAUGCGCAACUGAUGGCUUAUAGUUUACAGAGCCGGAGCCAGGUAGAAAAACUUUCUUCUGAGCAAGACGCAUCAAUUUAUGCGUACGACGAAGUAUACGAUUCAAUUCAAGCUGCGAGAGAAAAAAAGAAGGAAAAAAUACAAACAGAAGAGCCAGUAUAUAUGGAGAAGUUAUUAGAAUCAAAAAAACAGCGCGAACGAGAUCGCCAACGUGCAAUGGAUGUUAAGCUGCGACGCGAAAGAGAAAAUAAUGUUGAAGAAUUUGCAGACAAGGAGAGCUUUGUAACUGCUGCAUAUAAAAAACAACAAGAAGAAAUUGCACAACAAUUACUAGAAGAUGAAAAAAAUGAAAAGAAAAUUGAUCGACGCGCUGGAUUAAAAUCAAUGUACAAAACAUAUCUUAAUAGUAGAGAUGAUGAAUUAAUACCUGAAAAACAUGAAUUUCAAGAAUCAACAGAUGACUGUAAAGAUAAGUCUACAGAUGUGCCGUUGGCAGCUGGCCUCAAUGUGAUUAAAAAAUCAUCUGGAAAACCCACAUCAAACACGACUCGGAAACGCAGUAGCCCUGAUGAUAAUUUUAAUUACCAAGAUAAUGACAAUCACUAUAAUCGUAACAGAAACCGAAGGCAUAAAAGUUCAUAUGAAAAUGAUGAUCGUUCAGCUGAAACUCGAGAUUUUGAACGAAUGCUUGAAAAACGAGCAGAAGAUGUAAAUAUUAAAGCAACUCAAGCUGCAGAUGAAAAACGUGAACAAGCCUUGGCUAUUUAUAAAUCUGGAAGUAGCUCCUCAGCAGUAGCAGCAAAAAUAGAAGCUGCCAGACAACGGUUAUUGGAGCGCAAAAAAAAAUAG